AUGUUGCUUCCGAACACCCUGCUCACUGGUACACCAGGGGUAGGAAAAACCACGCGAGGCAAAGAACUUGUGUCAAGAUCAGGACGGAUAUACAUUAAUGUGGGUGAUUUAGCUCGAGAAGGGCAGUUAUAUGAUGGCUAUGAGGAAGAGUAUGAUUGUCUCAUUUUGGAUGAAGAUAGAGCAGUUGAUGCGUUAGAAAACCAAGUGAGUGAAGGCGUUACUGUUCAUUAUCAUGGUUGUGAUUUCUUCCCUGAAUGCUGGUUUCAUAUCGUUUUUGUGCUGAAAACAGAAAACAGUUUGUACACAAGACUUGAAACAAGGGGUUAUAAUAGGAAGAAACUAAAAGAUAAUGUUGAGCGUGAAACUUUUCAAGUUCUUUAUGAAGUAUCAGCAUCCUAUAAGAAAGAAACAGUGCAUCAGCUGCCCGGCAAUAAACCAGAAGAUCUAGAGCAUAACAGCACUCAGAUACUGAUAUGGACUGAGCAACAGAUCAGAGCUCUUGACUUACAAGACUGGCCACUUUAGAAUCAUUCUUAAUAUUUCUCUGCCCAUGUCAUAUAAAUUGUCCAAUUAGUAAAAACUUCGAUUAAAAUUGUGCUGCAGAACUAGUAGGUGGAUAGUAUAAAUGUUUAUGUUUGGGUUUCUUUUUUCUAUGAGAAAGCUAAACAAUUUCAAGUAUAAUGAAUAUAACAUUAUUAAAGAUAGAACAAAAACUGUCAUCAUUUAAUACUUCAAUUGCUAAAGAAUAAAUAAAUCUGA